AUGGAAAAGGAAGGUUUUAUUCGCUGUAUUGAAGAAAUACAAGAAGAUAUGAAGCUUUCCAUACGUGUCAUAUCUACUGAUCGGCACGCUUCGAUAAAAAAGCUGAUGCGAUGUGACCCAAGGUUCAACAAUAUUAUCCAUCAAUUUGAUCCUUGGCACAUUGGGAAGGGAAUGCUCAAAAAGUUAAUCAAGGCAUCGAAAAAAAAGGACAUGAAAAUUCUUGCUAGUUGGGCGCCUGCAGUUGUUAAUCACCUUUAUUGGUCGAUUCACAACUGUCAUGGUAACGGAAAGGAGUUGGUUGAGAGAUUCACCUCUAUCAUUCACCAUUCAGUCAAUCGCCAUACAUUCCAUCACAAUAAAAUAUAUAAAAAAUGCGAACAUCCGGAAUUGACUGAAGAUGAAAACAACAGAAAACAGUGGCUUGUGAUGGGGUCUGAGGCCCACUCCAAGUUGGUGAAAGUUGUCACGCAACCUAGUCUUGUUAAAGAUAUGGAAAAGCUGACGGAACAACUCCAUACCACUCUCCUGGAAGUUUUUCAUUCCUUGAAAAUACGAUAUCUCCCUAAGUCCAUAUUUUUCAAAAUAGAGAAGAUGUUGGCUGGAACACAGCUUUCCAUUUUGGAUCACAACCACAACGUCGACAGAGAACAGGUAACUAUCAUUUCAUAGACAAACAGCGUUAUUUAAACGUUGUAACACAAAAAUGUUCUCAACCUCGUACCAGCGCAGGCAAGAAGCGCUGGGUACGGGAUCGCACAUGUUCUUAU